AUGUAUGUUGCCGAAUUGGUAAAACUAUUACAGAAGGGCAACACUGAUGUAACUGAUUACAACUCUGAGCAGGUCGAACAUGAUGUGUUUUGGAGAGAGAAGAGAAAAUGGGUUGAUUCAAAGUUACCUACAGGCUAUUUCAAGCACCCGCUGUUAAACAAGUAUCGUUCAUUUGGUAAGGUUGAUACACAAUUCGUCAGUGACCCAUACUAUAUUGAAAUUGAUAAUAGACGCUUCGGUGAACUAAGGGAUGCUAACGGCCGGUCUUUGGAUCCUGAUACCUUUCAGCCAGUUGUUUCAGAUGCAGAACUCAAACGGAUGGCUUCCAGGCAUUCAGUUGAUUACCGUCCCAAAUCUAAUCAAGAGACUCGGUAUCCGAUAAUCCAUGGUCGCGAUGGAUACAAAAAUGACAUAGAUUUGAAUGCACGCAUCAGACAAAUGCGCGAAGGUUAUGAGAAUUUUAUACAAAAGGAGAGGGCUAUAGAAAGAGAAAGACGUGAGAACAUUGCUAACAUACAGCGUUUCCGCUCUUCACAUGGUAUUCACAAUCCUGGGGAGAGUUUGCUAGAAACAACUGGCUUAGGAACGCGGGGCACAGACAUUUCUGCCUCAAGAGACUCAUUCAAUGUACAACGUGGACGACCUACUCCUGCGUUGUCUGAGAACAUCUUUUAUGAGGAAGGAGGCACGCCACCUACACAAUGGGUUCUACAUAGGCGAUCUGAUUCAGAUCUUGAAAGGGGUAUAAUGACACCAUUACCUUUAUCACCAACCUCAGGCUUACCAUCACUAGCGCCGAUGGAUGACUCACCAUCUCCGUCUCCAUCUAGAACAAGGCAGCCCACGCCUAAACAACUAUUCAAAAGUAUUCUAAAGAGGAACCCUCGAGGCGGUUUCAUGCAUCCUGUUAUACCGGGCAAAAAUAUGCCCGAGAGAUUGCCUGAAUUUAGACAAAUGGUCAAAGCAUUUAAAGACAAUAAUAAUCGACCAUUGUCAACUUGGACGAAUAUCAAACUAUAG